GCGGGCUAUGGUAUGACUAACCAGCCCGUUUUGCCUUGGCCCGCCGCCUGCAUGCUCACCUGCUUCCUUCGACUUCCAUCUGGCAAGCAGAAGACACGCGUCCAUUUCUUACCACCAAAAUGGACGUCAACGGGGCCGAUGAGCGUAACAGGCUGGCCUUAAAAGCCAGCCGCUCCGCUUGCCCUGCGACUUCUUCUCUCACGUCACUCGUACUACCAGCCUCCGUCAAGACUCACGAUCUGCCAAAGCAUCGCCAAACCCGGCCAUGGCACCUCGCAUCGAUACUGCACACCAUCCCGACAUCGCGCGAACAUCCGCUCAACGCGAGGAUACGAAACGAAGGGUCACAAAGCCGGUUCCCCUCACCACCAGACAGCGUGCCUUCCUUCGUGAGAAAACUCCGGGAUUUACUCGAACCGAACUGCGGCGUGGGGACCAAGAUUAACAUCGCUCGAAUGUUGAGGAAGUUGGAAAUGCGUAACUAAAAUGGUGCUGGACCGGCACUCAGAUACCGCAGGACGACCGAAGGCGGUCCUUGGACGCGGUGACGGUGAUCAAACGACUCCGUCGACCGACGGCGUUGAAUUUCCUCGAUCAUCUUUGUGAAAGGUAGAAGAUCACGUCUGAAACUACUUCGUGGGAACCGGGUGAUCGAUGUUUCCACCAACGUGGCGUUGUCAUUGCGCCGACGGCCUUAC